AUGCUUACUACUUCUACUCGUAUUGCCAGAAUAGCAGCCCCAAUUGCUAGCAGACAAUUACAUCGUUCUGCCAUUCAAUUGGCCAAGAAUGAUAAGUCUACUAUUGACUCAUAUAGAUUCCCAUCUCAAACUUCAAUCAAUGAAUGGGAGUUUAAAUAUGAUUUUGUUCCAAAGACAUCUGAACCAAAGAUCCCACCAUUGACUCCAGAAGCUGUGAAACAAGACAUUGCUCAACAAAAGAAGGCCAAGGUUGAAAAGGAGUUGCUUGAUAAGGAAUUAGCCACGUCAGUUAAAGUGGAAGCCAAUGAUUCCACUGUGGUUCAUGGAGGUGAAGAAGUUGGAGCCGAGCCGGAAUAUUUGCAUGAUAGAGGAUCGGAACCCGCUGAUGUGUCGUACACUAAUGCUGGAGGGUCGAAGACCAGCAAGCCGGCUAAUAGAGAUAAGUAUGUUCAAACUUCAAUUAACCCGGAAAUUAACCAAUCUGAUGUUGUUAGUUUAAGUCACGGAGAAGUGGAUCAUAAGGCCACUGCCACUGGUGCUCAAUCGCAAGUAUUGGAAGAUGUUGAACAUGAAGAUUAUGAAAAAACUAAACAAGAACCACAACCAAAGACCACCAAUUAUUUUGUUCCAUUGAUUGCUGCUGGAUUAGGUUACUUUGGAUAUGAUUAUUACCAAAAGCAACAAGCCAAGAAGUAA